AUGGUUUAAACAAAGGAUAAUUAAGGCUAAAAAAGUGCUGCUAAUUCUACUUUGACUAGUUCAAUUUCAGGACUCAUUGCAUCCUCAGUUGGGAAAACCAUAGUCCAUCCAGUUGAUACAAUAAAAGCCAAAUUGCAAGUAUAAUCAAACUAGAAAAACAAGAAUACAAGCAUGAAUUAAAAUGCCAGAUCAUCCUUACUGCAGUAGUCUAGAAUAUUGUCAAUAGCCAAUGAAACCAUAAGGAGUCAAGGGCCUGGUGGUCUUUAUAGAGGCUUUGCCAUUAAUGUAUUAGGCUCGAUACCAGCAGCUGGAAUAUACUUUGGUAGCUAUGAGUUUUUCAAGAACAACACAUUAUAAUACCAUUUCUUGUAGCAAAACCCUUUCAUCUCUUACUUGUGUGGAGGUCUUUUUGCAGAAACUAUGGCGUGCAUAUUAUUUGUGCCAAUUGAUGUGAUAAAAGAAAGACGGUAGGUCUAGUUUGAACUUAAGACUUUUAACUACAGUAAUGAUGUAGAUGCAGUAAGAUAAGUCCUAAAGACUGAGGGUUUGAGGGGACUUUAUCGAGCCUAUGGUGCGACAGUGAUGUCGUUCGGACCUUUUUCUGCAUUUUACUUUCUAUUUUAUGAAAAGCUAAAGGGACUAUUUGUUCUCAAUGAUCCUUAGUCGUAUUUGAGGAAGACUAAUAGACAAGACGAGGAAUCAAUUAAAGCUAGCUAGAAGUCAGAUAUUGGAUUUUUCUAGUCAAUGCUGUGUAGCAUGCUAGCGGGAGCAGGUGCAAGUGUUAUCACUAAUCCACUUGAUAUGGCGAAACUAAGACUCCAAGUUCAAAGAGCUGGAAAGAUCGGUGGUGGUGUUAAAAAUGAAUUCUACUAUAAGCAUCUCGUUGAUGGAGUCUAUAAGAUUGGAAGGGAUGAAGGCAUGAGAUCUCUAUUUAAUGGGUCAUUUGCAAGGAUACUUUUCCAUGUACCGAAUGUUGCUAUAACAAUGAGCAUCGUAGAGCUAGUCAAACCCAAAAUAUAGCUUUAUCUAGACAAUAGAAAUCAGUGA